AUGGUUCUGCUGGGAACGUUCGUGGCCGUGUGCGGCUCCUUUGCGUUUGGAUCAGCGGUGGGCUAUUCUUCCCCUGCACAAGCGGGCAUCAUCCACGACCUCAGCCUCUCCCUUUCUCAGGGCUUUUGAAACACGUGAUAAUGAGGGGAAGAGCGAGAGAGCGAGCCGGAACGAAGAGUUCUUUCUUUCACUUGAUAGUGGGGGGAUCUCUUCUUCUGUGUUUUUGUGGUUGAGAGUCCAAAAGUGUGGUGGGCGGGGCAUUUGCCUUAACUUGGUUCGACUCUUGUCUUCUGCCCUUCGACCCUCAACUUAUUGCAGUGUCUCCGUAACUUCAUUUUGUUUCCCCUUUCAUUGUUGAAACAACAGUACUCGGUUUUCGGUUCCAUAAUGACGAUUGGUGCCAUGUUUGGUGCAAUAACGAGUGGACGGAUUGCCGAUCUCGUCGGCCGCAGAGGGGCAAUGUGGGCGUCCUCUGCUUUCUGCAUCGCUGGAUGGGUCGCCGUUUCCCUUUCUCAGGGUGCUUGGUCCCUGGAUCUUGGUCGAUUAUCUACUGGAGUUGGAGUUGGCAUCAUAUCUUAUGUGGUGCCCAUAUACAUUGCAGAAAUAACACCCAAGGACUUGAGGGGCCUGCUCACAACGGUGAAUCAGUUAAUGAUUUCUUGUGGGGUAUCCGUUGCCUACCUACUAGGAACGUUCCUUACAUGGCGUAUGCUAGCACUAACUGGAAUCAUUCCAUCCCUGAUCCAACUACUGGGUCUCUUCUUCAUUCCUGAGUCUCCAAGAUGGCUGGCAAAGGUUGGUCAGCAAGAAAAAUUCAAGUCAGCAUUGCAAAUUCUUCGCGGGAAGAGUGCUGAUAUUUCAGAAGAAGCAGCAGAAAUUCAAGGGUAUACAGAAAGUCUGGAAAGCCUCCCAAAGGCCAGGCUUCAAGAUCUAUUUGAAAGAAAAUAUGCCCGUUCACUCAUCGUAGGAAUUGGUUUGAUGGUCUUCCAACAAUUUGGUGGAGUCAAUGGCAUUGUUUUCUAUGCAAGUGAUAUUUUCGUGUCUGCAGGCUUUUCCUCUGGCAAGGUUGGGACAACUAUAAUGGCGAUCAUUCAGGCACCAAUGACCCUAAUAGGUGCCAUUUUGUUGGAUAUAUCUGGAAGGAAGCCACUUCUGGUGAUUUCUGCUGCAGGCACAUGCAUAGGAUGCUGUAUUGCUGGAACAUCUUUUUUCCUCAAGGAUCAUGAUUGGUUAAAGCAAUUGGUUCCAGGAAUGAACUUGGCCGGCAUACUGGUAUAUUCUGCUUCCUUCUCAUUAGGCAUGGGUGCAAUACCAUGGGUGAUCAUGUCUGAGAUAUUUCCAAUAAACAUAAAAGGAAUGGCCGGCAGCCUCGUGACAUUGGUAAACUGGUUUGGUUCUUGGGCUAUUUCCUACACUUUCAACUUCAUCAAGAGCUGGAGUGCUGCAGGAACUUUCUUCAUAUUUGGUGGAAUUUGUGGGGCAACCAUCGUGUUCGUUGUAAAGGUAGUGCCAGAAACCAAAGGGAGGUCACUUGAAGAAAUUCAAGGGUCGCUAUCAUCAUGUAACCCGGCUGAUUCUGAACGAUUACCGUGACUUGCAUCUGUCGUUUAAACAUGACAGGCCGUCAAGCGAAGAGUAUCGGUAAAAUUCAGCUUCCAAAGGCGGAGCCAAGGUUGGGGCAGAGUGGAAAAUCUCUCCUCUAAUUCCUUAGAUCUACUUCCUUAGUUUUUCUUCCAGUUUGUCGCUUUUGUUUGUUUGUUUGUUUGUUUUACCUCUCUAAAUGAAUAAAAUAAACACCAAUAUGUCAUUA